AUGGAUGAGGGAGCGUACAAGUACGUGUCGGAGCUAUGGAAGAAGAAGCAGUCAGACGUCAUGCGCUUUCUGCUGCGCGUGCGCUGCUGGGAGUACCGCCAGCUGCCCUCCAUCAUCCGCGUCUCGCGCCCCACUCGCCCUGACAAGGCUCGCCGCCUCGGAUACAAGGCCAAGCAGGGCUACGUGGUGUACCGCGUGCGCGUGCGCCGUGGCGGCCGCAAGAAGCCCGUCGCCAAGGGUAUCGUGUACGGCAAGCCGAAGAGCCAGGGAGUGACGCAGCUCAAGUUCCAACGCAACAAGCGCGCCGUCGCGGAGGAGCGCGCUGGCCGCCGCCUGGGGGGGCUGCGCGUGCUCAACUCCUACUGGGUCAACCAGGACUCGGCGUUCAAGUACUUUGAGGUGAUCCUGGUGGACCCGCACCACCAGGCCAUCCGCAACGACGCGCACAUCAACUGGCUGUGCCGCCCCGUCAUGAAGCACCGCGAGCUGCGCGGCCUCACGUCUGCCGGCCGCCACCACCGCGGGCUGCUGCGCAAGGGGCACAAGAGCACCAAGAACCGCCCCUCCGUGCGCGCCUUCUGGAAGCGCAACACCAUGCUCUCGCUGCGCCGCUACCGGUAG